AUGCUGCAGUGUGGGGCCUCGCAGCAAGCCUUUGCUGCUUGGAGCAGCAGCAGCAGCAACUUGGUGCUGUUCACGGGGUACACGGUGCGGGGCACGCUGGGCGACGAGGUGCGCCGCGAGCAGCAGCAGCAGCAGCAGCAGCAGCAGCGGCGCUGCGCCGUGGAGACUGUCUCCUUCUCCGCACACAGCGACUACAACCAAACUAGGGACUUCAUUCAGCAGCUAAAAGCUCCCAACGUGCUGCUGGUCCACGGCGAGAAGAAGGAGCUGCUGCGGCUGCAGCAAAAGCUGGCAGCAGAAAACCCUUCGCUGUCGGUCUUCGCUCCCGAGAUGCUGCAGGCGGUGCGCCUCACCUUCCGCCGCCCUCCCGCUGCUGGGGGGAGCUGCAGCAGAUUUGCAAAAAGUCUCUUUUUGUUUAAUUACUCAUUUCCAUUUGGACCACUGUGGGGCGCUGCCCUACCUGCUGCAGCGCACGGCCUUCCGGGGGCGGGUCUUCAUGACAGCAGCAACGAAGGCCGUUGCUGCGCUGCUGUGGCCAGCAGCAGCAGCAGCAGCAGCAGCAGCAGCAGCAGCCGCCGGGGGAGCCGCAGCGGGACCUCGUGCACAAAACCAGGGAAAAAACGCAUGCACCUAACCCCCUGCAGCAGCAGCAGCAGCAGCAGCAGGGAGGCGACAGCGACGAGGACUGGGACGCGCUGCUGCUGCAGCAGCCAGCAGCCGCUGCUGCUCGCAGCAGCAGAAGCAGAAGCCCUCGGAGGCGUUGCAUGCGCCUCGCUGCAGCAGCAAAUUGCUGUCUCCUUCCCCCCCCAUUUGUCUCUCCUCAUGCAAGCAGCAGCAGAAAUGUUCGACGACGUCCUCCCCGCUCCCUGCAACUGCAGCAGCAGCAGCAGCAACAGCAGCAAUAGCAGCAGCAGCAGCAGCAGCCAGGAUAAAGGCUGCUGCGACACCUGCGGGUUCAUCGUCGCGGGCUGCGUCUUCGUGCGGCGCGCACCUGUUGCUGCUGAAGCAGCAGCAGGAGCAGCAACAGCAACAACAGCAGCAGCAACAGCAGCGAAAGCAGAAAAAGCAGCAGCAACUGAUGCAGCAGUAGCAGCAAAACCAACUGCCCCUGCUGCUGCUCCUGCUUCUGCUCCUGCUCCUGCUCCUGCUGCUGCUGCUGUUGAGGUUUGCUGGGAGUCUAGCCCCAGCACCGACUUAGUCGCGGACUCAGUUUUAUUUCUGUCUUGCGAUUUGCUGCGGCUGCAGCUACAGGCCUGCAGCAGCAGCAACAGCAGCAGCAGCAGCAGCAGCAGCAGCAGCAUGGUCGGGGAGAGUGAGUCGCAGCAGCUGUUGCUGCUACAGGUCGUGCAGCAGCACCUCAUGGAGCAGUUCGGGCCCGUCAAAAUAUGCAGGAGACGCAAAGGCAAAGCAGCAGCAGCAGCAGCAGCAGCAGAUGAGGCGGAGCUAUAUGAAGAGGUGCCUCUUGCUGCUGCUGCUCUUGCUGCUGCUGCAGCAGACGGCGGGGAAAUGGAUUUGUGUCUUGUCUUUAAUGCGACGCCGGAAAAGGCACCAGCAGCAGCAGCAGCAGCAGCAGCAGCAGCAGCCUCUUCUGCUGCUGCUGCUGCAGACACUAGCAGCAUGAAAGUCAAGGCGGAAGCAGCAGCAGCAGCAGCAGCAGCAGACGCUGUCAAGGGCAGCAGCGCAGAGAAAGGCCCUGCCGAGGAGGCAGCGGGGCAGCAGCAAGGAGACACAAGUGCUGCUGCGGCUGCUGCUGCAGCAGCUGCUGCUGCUGCUGCGCACCACCCAAACAAAAAGGAGACAGUCUCUGUUUGUGUCGAUUUCGCGGAAAGACAGGUCCGCUGCAGCGACGCUGCACUGCAGCAGCAAGUUCGAAACUUAGUUGCUGCUGUCGAGAGGGGAUUCAUGCCGGUGCUGCUGCCUUGGUAA